GCCGUGAAACAAAUUUUUGUCAUAUAGUAAAGACACUUCAGUGCUUAUAUUUAACAUUACUAAGUAGUGUUCAUAUUUUUACCAAAAAUUAGUUAUCAAGUGUUGUCUCUUAAUAUAAGAACGAUUUUUAUCAAUUUACUCAGGUAUCGAAGCUGUGAUUUUAUUGUGAUAUCACAAAAAUAAGUUUCCUGAGCACGUUAUUUUCUUGUCUUCAAAAAUUCUUUUUAUAGUUGUUGAUAUGUAUAAUAUUUUUUAAUCGAUCUACACUGUAAAUCAAAAUGAAUGCGAGAUCUCAAAUUUUUGAAUUAACAGUAGAAGGGAGGCAGGCUGAUGAAGCCGUUGCAAGUAUAUUUCACACAGUUCUAUUUCAUAGAUCCCUAGGCAAAUUUUUAUAUAACAACGAAGGUAGUUAUUCUGUAGGUACUGUUGGUUACACAGAUGUAGAUUGUGAUUUUAUCGAUUUGACUUAUGUUUGUUGUACGUCGGCUAGUUUAGACCAAACCAUAAAAAGAGAAAUUAGCUGUUUUUCCGAACAGUUACGUGGAAAUGAGGGAACGGGAAUGGGUCAGAUAAGUUUGGAAUUUUUCCAAAAAAAACCUAAUCGGUGGUUGUUUCAGCCAGAAUGUAUACCAUGGGAAGUUUGGACGGUACGACUAGAAUUAAUAACGUUAAAUAAUGAAGGAGAGCGACAAGUUUGUAGGGAGAAAGUGGGUGAACUUUUGACAGAUAAAAUAUUAUACAUAACGGAGGUUAUGAAUCGGCACGAUUAUUUACCAAAAAUGCCUAGUCAGAGUGAGCUAGAUUUAAUUUUCGACACUUCAUAUCCAGAAGUGCAGCCGUAUCUAUUCAAAGUUAAUUAUUCUAUAUCAGGACCGUCCACAAACACUUCCGUUGGAUCUACGAUGAAAAAAUUUAUUAAGGAAACUUUAGCUUUGUAGUGUUUCUUAAUAAUGAACUCACUGUACCAAUAGAAGCUUUAUUAAAAAUCUCUUUAGAUUACUCUUUUUUGUCACCUUUAGAUUUGUUCAAACAGUGAAUUUCAUUGAUGUGAUGCGUGAAUUUCAAUAUUUAUGAACCUCGAGGUAGCUUUGGCCAUGAUAAGUGCAGUAUUUAAUUUAAUAUGUUGACAUUUCGUAAGUUUUUAUUGUGAUUUAAUAAAUACAUCUUAAAAAUAUUUACUCACAUAAUCGUUUGCCCUUGAAACUGUUAUUUUUUUAGAUACAGAGUUUUAAAGACUUAAAAAAGUUUUAUCUCUAAAUAAAUACCUUCUAAGCAAAUUGAAAAUUGAAAUGAAAUUUUGUGUAUACAAUAUGAAAAAAAUUGAUGGUAUACUGUUAUUCAUAUGUGAAUGACGCUCACAUUUCGCUAUUAUACAUGUUAUUUACAUGUAGAUGACAGUAUGCAAAUUUUUAUGGAUGUUUUUAACAGCGGCUAACUAAUAACAUAUACAUAUAUUUGGUUUAAGUUGUUUCCCCGUUACACUUAGUAGACAUUGAAAUCUAUGAAAUAAACAUUUAUUUACUGGUGUUUCUAACUUUGUCAUGACUUUUUUUCAAAAUUUUCUAUUGUGCCAUACUUGUUUCAUCCAAGGUAUCAGAUUGACUUAUUUAGUUUCUUUUAGGAUAUGCCGUUUUUCAGCAUUUAGUUAUUAUUUAACAACUUUUGCAUCUUUUUCAUUUUUCUGCAAUAUCUUAUUUUUUAGUCAUUUCUAUAUGAAUGACAUGGCCUUCUACGUAACACGCACUGAAACUGAUCAUUGAGCCACGUCGUUCAUGUACGAAUGACAGUAAAAAAGUAGUAGCAUAUAAAAAAAAUAAAUAAGUAAAAAAGAUAAUCAAAGUUGUUAAAUAAUGAUUGAACAUUGCACCACAAAAAAAAUAUUAAUUUGAGGUGCCUAUAUGUUUUUAUAACACGAAAUUAUUGAAAGAUUUCAUCUAACAAUCAAAUUAUUCAGCUUUAUAAAUUUCUUAUUUGUAGCAAUAUGGUAGAAGCUGCUCUAAAAAAUCAAAAUAUUAUUUUUAUUCUAUGAAAUUUGUAUUUCAAUAAUGACAAUAAUUCGU